GUUACAGAAGUUCUGAUUUUUCCUAGAGUGCUAGAGGAAAGUGAUUUACCCUCAAGGAAAUUUGGGAUUCAGGAAGUUGGGAGCUCAUAUGAACAUGGCGAACCUACUGAAAACCGUGGUGACUGGCUGUUCGUGUCGUUUACGUAGCAAUUUGGGGUCCUGUAAGAUUAUACCCGGGAAGAAGGAUUUUUUACGAACAUUUCAUACUCAUCAGGCACUGUGGUGUAAAGCCCCUGCCAAACCAGGAAUUCCAUAUAAGCAACUGACUGUUGGCGUCCCCAAGGAGAUUUUCCAAAAUGAGAAACGGGUGGCAUUGUCUCCUGCUGGUGUUCAGGCCUUGGUCAAGCAGGGUUUUAGUGUUGUCGUGGAAUCGGGUGCUGGCGAAGCUUCCAAGUUUUCUGAUGAUCACUACAGAGCAGCAGGUGCCCAGAUCCAAGGGGCGAAGGAAGUGCUGGCUUCUGAUUUGGUGGUCAAAGUGCGAGCUCCCAUGGUUAAUUCAACAUUAGGUGUUCAUGAGGCCGACCUUUUAAAGACAUCGGGAACAUUGAUUAGCUUUAUUUACCCAGCCCAAAAUCCAGACUUGCUAAAUAAACUUUCUAAAAGAAAAACUACAGUUUUGGCGAUGGACCAGGUUCCAAGAGUCACGAUUGCUCAGGGAUAUGACGCGCUAAGCUCCAUGGCCAACAUUGCUGGCUACAAAGCUGUUGUACUAGCAGCAAAUCAUUUUGGACGGUUUUUUACUGGUCAGAUCACAGCUGCUGGAAAAGUUCCUCCAGCUAAGAUUCUGAUAGUUGGUGGUGGUGUUGCUGGGCUGGCUUCUGCAGGUGCAGCGAAGUCUAUGGGUGCUAUUGUUCGAGGAUUUGACACCAGAGCUGCAGCUUUGGAGCAGUUCAAGUCUCUUGGUGCUGAGCCCUUGGAGGUGGACUUGAAGGAAUCUGGUGAAGGACAAGGAGGAUAUGCGAAAGAGAUGUCCAAAGAGUUCAUCGAAGCUGAAAUGAAGCUCUUUGCUCAACAGUGCAAGGAGGUGGAUAUCCUCAUCAGCACAGCCCUUAUUCCAGGUAAAAAAGCCCCAGUUUUAUUUAGUAAAGAAAUGAUUGAGUCAAUGAAGGAAGGUUCAGUUGUUGUGGAUUUAGCUGCUGAGGCUGGCGGAAACUUUGAAACCACGAAGCCAGGAGAACUUUACGUUCACAAGGGAGUUACUCACAUCGGCUACACAGACCUUCCCAGCCGAAUGGCCACUCAGGCCAGCACCCUCUAUUCCAACAACAUCACCAAGCUCCUGAAGGCCAUCAGCCCUGACAAAGAUAACUUUUAUUUUGAAGUGAAAGACGACUUUGACUUUGGUACAAUGGGUCAUGUCAUUAGAGGAACUGUAGUGAUGAAGGAUGGAGAAGUGAUUUUCCCCGCUCCCACUCCGAAAAAUAUUCCUCAAGGUGCCCCAGUAAAACCGAAGACAGUGGCUGAGCUGGAAGCUGAAAAAGCAGCUACGGUCACGCCCUUGAGGAAGACCAUGACUACGGCUUCUGCGUAUACAGCAGGUCUCACUGGGAUUCUGGGUUUGGGCCUUGCGGCACCCAAUUUAGCCUUUUCCCAGAUGGUGACCACUUUUGGCUUGGCCGGCAUCGUGGGCUACCACACUGUCUGGGGAGUGACCCCUGCUCUCCACUCACCACUGAUGUCUGUGACUAAUGCAAUCUCAGGGUUGACUGCAGUUGGUGGGUUGGCACUGAUGGGAGGACAGUUGUAUCCUUCCACAACUUCUCAGGGCCUUGCUGCUCUUGCUACGUUUAUUUCCUCAGUCAACAUUGCAGGUGGCUUUCUGGUGACCCAGAGAAUGCUGGACAUGUUCAAGCGUCCCACGGACCCCCCAGAAUACAACUACCUGUAUCUGCUCCCUGCUGGCACCUUUGUUGGAGGAUAUUUAGCAGCUCUCUACAGUGGCUAUAACAUUGAACAAAUCAUGUAUCUGGGCUCAGGUCUGUGCUGUGUUGGUGCCCUGGCCGGCCUUUCCACCCAGGGAACAGCUCGUCUUGGCAAUGCAUUGGGCAUGAUUGGGGUGGCUGGAGGCCUGGCAGCCACUCUCGGAGGACUAAACCCAUCCCCAGAAUUGUUAGCCCAGAUGUCUGGAGCAAUGGCUUUGGGCGGUACCAUUGGACUGACAAUUGCCAAACGCAUCCAGAUUUCUGAUUUACCUCAGUUAGUCGCUGCUUUCCACAGUUUAGUGGGCUUGGCAGCGGUGCUAACUUGCAUAGCUGAGUACAUUGUAGAAUACCCACAUUUUGCUGUGGACGCAGCAGCAAAUCUCACCAAGAUCGUGGCCUACCUCGGUACUUACAUCGGAGGCGUCACGUUCAGUGGCUCUCUUGUUGCCUAUGGAAAACUGCAGGGUAUCCUGAAAUCUGCCCCUCUCCUGCUUCCUGGAAGGCACUUACUUAAUGCAGGCCUGCUGGCUGCUAGUGUGGGUGGAAUCGUCCCAUUCAUGAUGGACCCUAGCUUUACCACCGGUAUCACCUGUCUGGGCUCUGUGUCGGCUCUCUCUGCUGUCAUGGGUGUGACUUUGACAGCUGCUAUCGGGGGUGCAGACAUGCCCGUCGUCAUCACCGUGCUGAACAGCUACUCAGGCUGGGCCCUGUGCGCGGAGGGCUUCCUGCUCAACAACAACCUGCUGACCAUCGUGGGCGCACUCAUAGGCUCCUCUGGUGCCAUCCUGUCCUACAUCAUGUGUGUGGCAAUGAAUCGCUCCCUGGCUAAUGUGAUUCUUGGAGGCUAUGGUACCACUUCAACAGCUGGUGGAAAACCCAUGGAAAUUUCUGGCACACAUACAGAAAUCAACCUUGACAAUGCAAUUGACAUGAUUCGUGAAGCUAAUAGCAUUAUUAUUACUCCAGGCUAUGGUCUCUGUGCAGCCAAAGCGCAGUACCCCAUCGCAGACUUGGUGAAGAUGCUCGCUGAACAGGGCAAGAAAGUCAGGAGACAAAUGUCUGUUUGCAUGAGAUGGCUGCAGCAUUACCUCGUAUUUUAAUGAAAUAAAUCUGUAUUUACAGUUAGCAGUAAUUUCGUCCUUUCAUCACUCUGUGGAGCUCCCACGGUGUUCAUUGAGCACAGCUGCUGGGCCUCUGGUGUCAGUAGAUCUUUGUGCCUCAGGACCCCAGCAUGCCUAGCAUCCAGAUGUGGUGACAUAUUCGCACACAUACCCCAUGGAAAUGUGCCAGUGAGGACAUACGAUUGUCAUCAAUUAGUUAUGCCCAAGUGGUGCCAAGAAAAAUUGCAUCUGUCAUACAGUCUGUCUGGCUUCAUGGCCCAUGAUUGAUUUAGAGACACUCCUGUUUUCCUUUCCUUUGGCUACAGUCAUAACAUACUCACCGGGAGCUGAGAUUGCAUAAUGCAGCACAUGACAUUUCAUGACAAGAGCUCCUUUCCGAACGGCAUGAAUGUUCACUGACUUAGACUUUCUCUAGUGGCCAGUACAUUGUUGCUUCCCAGUUGGCCAGAACGCCUCUAUAGCUUCCCUAACCUCUGCUUGAUCUCUAAAAGCAUUUUAUUACCAAAAUCUUAUGCUACAAAAAUGUAGACAUUUUUUUUUCUCUUUAUUUCCCAAUCUUUGGAUCAAUACGAUGGGCUUUUCAUUAUAAAGCAGAGAUAGUGUUCCCAGUGAGUAAUUCUUAGAAAGAGGUGUAAUUUUUUUCUGUUUGCAAUUAAUCACUGCUGGAUUUUCUUUUCAGAAAGCCUUAUUGCUUGGCUCACCACAGAAGUCUUUUGAAUUUGUGAAACCACCUUUCAGUUUCUCUAAUUUACUGACUGAUAUUAUGUAUUGCUUUCCUAUUAAUGUUCAACUACAUCUUUCUGUUAAUAAUUUGUUGGUAGAAAUUUAUACUAGGGAUUGGGAUUCAAGGGUGCAUAAGCGCAAUUCCCACUCUCAAAUGUUUAUAGUUAUGAGGAAAGCAAAUCUGUACACAAAUGAAUCCAUGAAUGAAUUCCAUUUAAUGUGAUAGUAUGGUAGGAAAAGUAGAGUGGAAGGAGGAUCAGAAUGCAGAGGAGAGGAGUAGGUAAUUAACCAGGGGACGUUUGAAACCUCUUGUGCUACUCAGAACAUGAAUUUUUUGCAGGUUUUUAAAAACAUUUAAUCUUUUUCAUUCUCUGUCUAAACACAUCUAGCUGCCAUUGGUAUUUGCGGUUUAAUAGUGCUUUACAGUCUCGUGUGGCAUGGCUAUCGGUUUAAAUAUGUGUUAUUUUUUGCUAAGGAAUCCGUUCUUUGAAGAGAGUUGAAGAUGAAAUAUUUUGUCAGUCUAACUGGAUUUUCUUGUUUUUCGUGGAUUACAUAUAAUUCAAGUAAACAGAGUUCAGCCUUCUUGGAUUUGUUAUGUAUUGGGAUGCAGGAAGAGAUAGGACAUUCAGAUUUAUAAGGUAAUAAAGGUACAUGCUUCUGAAGAGAAUAGAUAUUAAUUAGGCCUGAUAAAAUAUUCUGAAAUUUGAGUAACGAAAGAAGACAUUUUAUUUAGCAUUUCAGCGACAACUUGCAAUACAUUCUUUUUAGACAUGACUGUUCAUGUUAAUGACCAUUCACUGAACAGAUAGUUAUAUAGUGUUUGGUGCCAGGCACCGUUCUAGGUCCUGAGAAUAGGUCCUUGAGUACACGGAUGAAAAUUCUGCAUAUUCACAGUGAAAUGUACAUUCACAGGGAGGUUAUAUCAUAGGCUUGAAGAUUCUGACUUGGAGACACUUACAGCCCCAUUGUGUCUUCAGCUAAGAUGCAGCUGAAAUGAUGACAAACAGCUGUAGCAUAGAAAAUUGUAUCAGAAUUUCGGAGUUACAGCUGGUACUACUGGGUGAUGAAUUAGUCAGUGCUUCAAGUUUUCUGAAAGAAUAUGGUGUUAUUUCUUUGCACUUUGCUCCGAGCCUACCUUUUUGAAAAACAUAGUGGCCAGGAAGGUGGGUGUGAUGGGAGUUAUUUGUGUAAUUAGUCAUAUGAAUGAAACUUUUGGUAGAAGGGAGGAAAACCCAAGAAAGUAUGUACAUUCACUCACGUCUGUGUUCAGCCUAUUGUAUAGAAUUGCCAGUAACUUCUCAGAUCAGAGGUAUUAGUUGUGCUCCUAAAAAGCGAUCCUGUUCCUCGCAGGUUGACUGUUGGCCAGACCACCUUUGGCCUUCUAUUUGUAUUGUUCACAGCAUAUUGGUGUGGUGGAAAGAAAGCCUGUGAUUUGGGUAUUUUGUAAAGGCUCUGCCAUACCCUUGUAGGACUCAUUUCUUGGACACGUUUGUCAUGGGCAUUCUGGUGGUCUGAGGGAGAAACUUUUACUACUCAUGAAACUGGUGCCUCUGACCAUCAGGGUGGUUUUUGGCUUCUUGGUCUAGUAUUAGUCAUAAUAAACUCUUUGAGCCGAUGUUCUUCAAUGAGGUUCAUGUAAACAUGGCGGAGUAUAAAUAAAUAAAAGCCCUUUUCUCAUUUCAUGUUCCAGUUCUUCACUAUCUUGCUGACAAUUUCCAUUUUAUGGUGCUCACUGGCUGUUGCCUUCCAACAGCCGUUCUGCAACAUCAUUACAGUUAUUCAGACAGGAAGAUAAAAUUAUGUAUAAUUCUUACCAAGUCUCUGUAAUAUGCUGGAAUAUAAUAUUUUAGAACAUUGGUGAAAAAUAGAAUUUUGGUUUUUUCCUCUGAUAUCACUCUUCAUAGUCUUGUUGGUUAUUUUGAAAUAGAAAGCGUGUCAGUAGUCAUACCGUUUCUAUUCUGGGCUUGGUUGCUGGAUUUGGUUCAGUGAUGGAAAAGCCAGAUUUGGGCACAAUCUAUAAAAACAUCCUCAGAGUGGAAAGGGUAGUGUGACGCAGUUCUGCAGAAGACUGCAUUGAUGUUUGCAUUGUUGUCUGACCUGAUCCUCUUUUAAAAAAAAUUUUUUUUUAAUGUUAAUUUUUUUGAGAGAGAGAGAGAGAGAGAGAGAGAGAGCGAGAGAGCGAGAGAGAGACUGAGUACAAGCGGGGAAGGAG